AUGGAUAUACAUAUCAAGAGUGAAUCGAAGAAAUCAACAGGAAUACAGGAUACUAACCCACAUUCUCGUACAACUACACAAACUUCUUCUGACAAUAAGUCUACUAACAAGACUUUAAUUGAAUACGACAAUGAUGAAACUUUGGAUAUCAAGGAAGGAAUCAUCCAAGUUCCAGAGACAAUUGCAGUCAAUAAAGGGAAUAAAUCAAAUGAGUCUAUAGUUUGCACUGUACAUAUGAAAAAAGAUGAUAUUUUAGGUGUAGAGCAUAAACCGGAGAACCAAAAGAAGCAGGAAAUUCGGGAAACAGAACAGACAAAGAAGCACGUAUGCAAGACAUGUGCUCGAAGCUAUAAAAAUAAACAGAGUUUGACUUAUCAUCGAAAAUUCGAAUGUGGCGUCAUGCCACAGUUCAGUUGCAAACUGUGCAGCAAACAAUUUAAACGAAAAUAUAAUAUGAAUGAGCAUAUACGUCGCGAGCAUUAUAAGACAAGGCAUAACUGCGACGAAUGUGCGCGAAGUUACAAAUGGCCAGAAUCUUUAGCUGAACAUAAAAGUUUAGUACAUGCAGCAGUCAAACCACAAUUUGUUUGCGAUUUUUGCUCAUAUAAAUUCAAUAAGAAAGUGUAUUUGAUCAAGCACAUGAAUGUAGUCCACUCUGGCCCUUUGAAACACGAAAAAGUUGAACUACAUUUUGUUUGCGAUUUUUGCACUUAUAAAACAUAUCGGAAAAAUAGCUUCGUAAAACACAUUAAUUGUCACCACUCACAGACAUUUAAUUUAAGCCAUAAAUGCGACAAAUGUUCGCGAAGUUACUUUUGUUUAAGUGCUUUAAAUAGACAUAGGCGUAAAAGUCACUCACAAAUUUCGCAAUCUAGUCAUACAUGUGGCAUAUGCUCUCGAAAUUAUCAUACGGAAAGUAGUUUAUAUCAACAUAAACGUAGAGAACACGGAUCACUCAAACCACAAUUUAAUUGUGCCUUUUGCGCUUAUAAAACGAAUCGCAAAGAUUACUUGUCAAGUCAUAUUUCUCGUAUUCAUUGAAAAAAACUCUUUUGUGUGUAACAUUAAAUGCUUCUAAACCUCAAAUUAAUUUUUGUGAAAUUCACAACAUAAUACUCAAUAGCAAAUUCUAAAUAUCUAAAAAGGUAUAUUUGCUCUACAUCGAUAUAAACAGAACUUAAUUUUCUUCAUUGUCGGAUUUGUUAUUAUAGAUUCUUCGCGUUUGGAAAAAUACGAUAUAGCUAUGAGAAGCUAUUAAUAAUCAAAUUCUUUUUGUAUCACGAUUAAUGUCACGAUGAUUGUUUGUAAUGACGAUAGUGUUGACAAUAAGGAUUUUCAAUUUGUGACGGUUGAAUUUUGUUGAAAAAAAUUGUCCUUAUGUGAGACGCAAAUCAAUAAAGUUAGUGAGCAUCUAUAUAAAAUACCGUAUUUCUAUACAAUACAGAUGCACAUGAUUUUGUCAUUUUCUUUCAGCUUAAUAAUCUGAAAAGUGCAGAGGUUCCCUUAGAAAUAAAAUAAAGGAAAUAUAAAUUUGUGAAUUUUUUUAAUGCCCCCCGCAGUUUCUCAGGACAGCAGGACGAGAGCGGUUGUGGCAGUCG